ACAUUCUCGGACAGCAGUCAGUAAUCAUCAACAAUAUCUCUACAGAAACAAAUCACUCUUUUCUCAACUUCUGAAGAGCCAAAAAAUGGCAGAGAAGGAGCCCAGCAAUAUUGCUCAACAGAAAAGUGAUGUAGAGUCUACAACAAUGCAUUCUGAAGAGCUUCGUCCCAAGAAGAGCAUGAAAUGUCUAGCAUAUGUAGCUGCUUUUGCCGUGUUCCUGACGGUAAUUAUAAUUCUAUUUUCACUAACUAUAAUGCGAGUCAGAGAUCCUAAGCACCGGUUGAGCUCCAUCGGGGUUGAGGGUAUCACCUUUAAUUCCUCUACAGCAUCUCCAUCAUUCAGCAUGAGAUCUGAUGCAGCAGUAGCUGUCAAGAACACAAAUUUUGGUCAAUUCAAGUUUGAUAAUAGCACCAUCAAACUCGCCUAUAAGGGCACCAACGUUGGAGAGGCCAUUAUUGCCAAGGCUCAAGCUCGGGCUAGAUCCACCAAACGGAUUCAGGUACUUGUGGGUGUGAGUUCAAACAAUGUAUCAAGUAACUCAGCCUUGGCCAGUGAUAUAAACUCCGGGAUUUUGACACUAACCAGCCAUGGCAGGUUGGAUGGGAAGGUGCAUCUACUGAAAAUGUUCAAGACCAAGAAAUCUCCAGAAAUGAAUUGCACCAUCAACAUUAAUUUGGUGGAUAAAGUGAUCCAAGAUUGGCACUGCAAUUAAAAGGCAAUGUUCCAUGUAUACUUGUAUAUAUGCUUGAAUAACGUGUUCAUAUGUAAUUGUUUUUAGAUCUAUAGUCAUUUCGUUCAUUCAAUUAUUCUGAAAUUGGAUGACAACCUUGUUGCAAAA